AUGACUUUUAUAAAAAAUAUAAUUAUUUUAUUAAUUUUUUCAAACAUUUUUAUAAAUGGUUUGAAUGCCGAAACACAAAAAGAUGCAAAUAAUGGAACUAUAUUUCAUAUUGUAAAGGAAAAAAUUAUAAAUUUCAUUGCAAAAAAAAAAGGAUAUGACAAAAAUGAUUGGGUAAAUUUAUCAGAUGCAGAUCAUGACAUAAAUAAUUUAAGUUUUCGAAUUGAUAAAAAUGGAGAUGUUAUAUGUAACAAAGAUAACCAAGCUGUUGAAAUUUCAAUAAUUAAUGAAAAAAUAUUAAAACAAACCAAAGAUGUAAUAUAUAGUGAAUUAUCUAUUCACCCAAAAAUUGGAACCAAUACUAGUAAUAUAACCAAAAUACCUAUAAAGAAAUAUAAAAAUAAUUCAAAUGGUUUUUUUUUCAAUAAAAAUAAUAAUAGUUUGUCAAAUUCUGAAGCCUAUUUAGUUUGUGCUAAAAAAAAUUCAAAUGUUGUAUUAGUACCAAAACAAACAGAAAAAGUCGAAUUUAUAUCAGGCCCUUGGUUAGUUAGAGUAAAAGUUAAUGUUUACAAAGAUCCCCUUAAACCAUUUGGAAGAGCAUUUCGUAUAACUAUAGUAGAUGGAAUAAAUGUAUUAACAAAUAAACAAAAUUCAUUUUUUUGGUUUAUCCCAAUAAAAAAAUUUUCUGAAAUAUAUCAUUUUCACAUGGCUGCAAAAGAUAGUGCAAAUGGAAUAUAUUGUAAUUUUGAAAGAAGUUUAGACAACAAAAGUAUAAAAUUACAUUGCCCAAGUUGGGAACACCCAUAUAAACUUACUUCUUCAAAUUUAAUGCUUUUUUCUAUGAAUUUAGGAAUGUCAUUAAUAUAUACUGCUGUAAUUCCAUAUAUGGAUAAAAUAACUAUCUAUAAUAAAUUAGCUAGUAGAAAUGAAAAUAAUAAUUCAAUAAAUGGUUUCAAUCAGUAUGAAAAUUCAAAUGAUGAUGAUAAUCAUAAUGCUAAUAUUGAGAAAGCUGUAAAAAAAGUAGAAAAUAUAACCAAUUAUUUACAUUUAAUAUUUUCAAGUAUAAUAGGUGUAUCAAAUAUUGCAUAUAUGAUCAAAGAAUCAGUUAAAAUAUCUAAUGAUUUAAAAGAAUUUAAUACAGAAUUUGAAAAUGCUCCUUCACUUUAUGAAUGGACUAUUACCUAUCCAGAAAAUAAUUAUCAACCAGAUAUGGCCCUUGAAAAAAAAAAAAAAAUUUUUUUUCCUGAAGAAAAUUCUUUAAAUAAUUCUCCUUCUCAAAAAGAUGAAACUAUUAAAAAAUUUCAAGGUAUAAAAAAAAACAUUUACAAACCUACUAAUGAAAAAAAAUUAGAACGUAUAAUUAUAGGCAAUUAA